AUGCAGCCGCUCCCCGACCUCGUAGCCUGCGACGGCUUAGGCAAAUACCUCUCCCUAACCUCCCCUCUCGCCCGCGACCAAUGCUGCUUCGUCUCCUCCCAAAACUCCACCGCCUGCCGCCGACUCUUCGCUCCGGACUCCUCUCUCGACCCCAACCCAAAAACAGGCGAAACCCCCCUCAACCUCCUCGACGCAGCCUGCCUAGGCCGACCCCCUGCCCAAUGCCACCUCCUCAACCGCUGCCGCUCCCCCUCCACCCUCUACGUCUCCGUCGAACAACUCAACACCGACGACACCAACCCCUCGGCCGACGGCGCCCUCCUCCUAGCCCGCUACAAAGCCUGCGCCAACCUUCCCGGUCUCAUCCUCCUCUCCCGCAACGGUCUCCUAACCCCUUACAUCGACGCCGUCGUGCGGGCGCAUAUCGAUCCCCCGCUAGGGCCGGAUGAGAGUGAGUUGGAUAUGGUCCUCGGGGAGAUUACCCUGGCGGCGACGGAUUGUUUGUCGGCGACCUGUAGGGGGGGCAGGGAUAGGGGGGAUUGUUUUGAGAGUGUGUGUUCGCCGGUGAGGUUGAUGAGGAAUGGGACGCUGCCGGAUGUGAGGGGGGUUAAUGGGUGCUUGAAUCGGAUUUGUAGUGCGGGGACGGGCGCGUUGCCGUGGGCGGAUGCGGAUAUUGUGGGGGUGGGGGUGAGUUCUUUCUGUGUUUCUCACUGUCUCACUGUGGUGUUUCUG